AUAUCGUUGAGAUAAGGUAUGGAUAACCAGCCUAACGCAAGCCACUGUUUUGUCUCUCUGUCUCGAUCCCGCCCCUACCAGAUAUGCAUCAUGCAGCGCCGACACGGCCGCUUGUGCUCUUAGUUUCUGCUCUUAGCACAGCACGGGCCGGGCAUCUUGGCACAUGUAACUUGACUUUUGAACACACUCUAAAGCGGGUGAACCUCGAAAAAGGCGCUUCGUUGCCUGACGACAAUGCAACAUUAAGUUUUGGUUUGCCGGCUCUCAAUAGACCUCACACGACUUUUUGCUCCGUCAGAUACGACUCUCGAGCAACACGGAUUUGGUCGCAUCACCUCUCAUGGUUCCCAACGCCAUCCGAUGAUACGGUGAAGAAUCGGGCAGCUGACCUACGCCCAGAAUACGGCUUGUUUUGGUCGGGGCAACGGGAGUAAAAUUCAUAUUCGUGGGAGUCAUGGCAAAGAGUUUCCUUGCCUCAUAGCUGAAGUCCCUUCUCUUUCGUCCGAAACCACUAUGAGACGAACAUGUUUGUCAAGUGGCAUUUACUUCGGAUCAGAGUUCAGCCUCGCUUGAGUCUGCCUAUCAGAGUACAUGAACACGCAGUCUUUCAGAUAUAUCGAGGUCACUAUCCGCCGUAUGAACUCUGUCAAUGUAUCACGGUUCUUAAAAUGAUCGUCAAGGAUGCAACAUUCUGCGGUCCUCGAUAGCUCCUGAAGUAUGGGCGUGAACGCCUCUGACGAAUCAAGGUUUGAUGCUGCGUCUGCUAGGUUGCACAGAGCUUUGUGAAGACGACAAUGUUUCUGAAAAAUAAGUCCCUGAUUAUGAACCUC